UUUUUCCGUGCACCUCUCACUUUCUUUCUCCACCUCUUCUUCACACUUGUGGGAUGGUCUUUGGGAGAUACAUGGCUAUCUGGAGAUGCAUAGAUUCUGAACGCACUGUGGAAGCUUAACCUAGGAUACCCUUCCAGUAAAAACAGAAGUUACCCUGCCUGCGGUGAUGCUUCCCAGUUAUGGAGAAGGGGGAAGGAGAGCAUGUGUGGCAGACGGGGAACGAUGACGAGGCGGUGGUGGACCUGGGGAAGACUAGCUCCACCAUUCACACCAACUUUGAGAAAGAGGAGCUAGAGAGUCACAGAGCGGUCUAUGUGGGUGUCCAUGUUCCCCUGGGCAGAGAGACCAAACGGAGGCACCACCGCAGCCACCGCGGCCACAGACACCACCGCAAGAGGAGAGACCGCUCGGACCAUGAAGAUGGACGAGAGUCUCCUUCCUAUGACACCCCGUCCCAGCGUGUCCAGUUCAUCCUGGGGACAGAGGAUGAUGAUGAAGAGCACAUGCCCCACGACCUGUUCACUGAGCUGGACGAGCUGUUCUUCCGGGACGGACACGUCUACGAGUGGAGGGAGACAGCCAGGUGGUUAAAGUUUGAGGAAGACGUGGAGGAUGGAGGGGAGCGUUGGAGUAAACCCUACGUAGCCACGCUGUCUCUCCACAGCCUCUUCGAGCUCCGCAGCUGCAUCCUCAACGGCACUGUCAUGUUGGACAUGAGAGCUAACACCAUUGAGGAGAUCGCAGACAUGGUGAUAGACAGCAUGGUGGCGUCAGCUCAGCUGGAGGAGGAGUUGAGGCAGAAGGUGAGGGAGGCCAUGUUGAAGAGACACCACCACCAGAACGAGAAGAAGCUCAGCAACCGCAUCCCUCUGGUGCGCUCCUUCGCUGACAUCGGCAAGAAACAAUCUGACCCACACCUGCUUGAGAGAAACGGCCUCCUGGCAUCCCCCCAGUCAGCUCCUGGGAACCUGGAGAACAGUAAACCGAGUGAGAGCCGCAUCCAUGGAGGAAGCAGAGAGAACAGCACUGUGGACUUCAGCAAGGUGGACAUGAACUUCAUGAAGAAGAUCCCUCCUGGGGCGGAGGCGUCCAACGUGCUGGUGGGAGAGGUGGAAUUCCUGGAGCGACCAAUCAUAGCCUUCAUCAGGCUGUCCCCCGCCGUGCUGCUCACUGGUCUCACUGAGGUGCCCGUACCCACCAGGUUCCUGUUCCUGCUGCUGGGUCCGUUUGGGAAGGGUCCUCAGUACCACGAGAUCGGCCGCUCCAUCGCCACGCUGAUGACAGACGAGGUCUUCCAUGAUGUAGCGUACAAGGCCAAAGACCGGAACGAUCUGCUGUCGGGGAUAGAUGAGUUUCUGGACCAGGUGACCGUCCUACCCCCAGGAGAGUGGGACCCUACGAUACGAAUCGAGCCCCCCAAGAGUGUCCCAUCUCAGGACAAGAGGAAGAUGCCCUCAUUGCCCAACGGCUCUGCCCAUAAUGAGUCCUUCAAGGAAGACCAGCACCAAGCAGGACCAGAGCUACAGAGGACAGGGAGGAUCUUUGGGGGCCUGGUGAUGGAUGUAAGGAGGAAAGCUCCGUUCCUGUGGAGCGAUAUUAGGGAUGCUCUGAGCCUGCAGUGCCUGGCCUCUGUGCUGUUCCUCUACUGCGCCUGCAUGUCCCCUGUCAUCACUUUCGGAGGCCUGCUGGGCGAGGCCACCAAGGGAAACAUUAGUGCGAUCGAGUCGUUGUUCGGGGCGUCUCUGACGGGCGUGGCCUUCUCCAUGUUUGCGGGCCAGCCACUCACCAUCCUGGGCAGCACCGGACCAGUCCUGGUCUUUGAGAAGAUCCUUUUCAAGUUCUGCAGUGACUACGACCUGUCCUACCUGUCCUUGAGGACCAGCAUCGGCCUGUGGACGGCCUUCCUGUGCCUCGUCCUGGUUGCCACGGACGCCAGCUCCCUGGUCUGUUACAUCACCCGCUUCACGGAGGAAGCCUUCGCAGCGCUCAUCUGCAUCAUCUUCAUCUACGAGGCCCUGGAGAAGCUGGUUCACCUGGGGGAACUCUACCCCAUCAACAUGAACAACAAGCUGGACAACCUCACCUUCUACAUAUGUCAAUGUUCUCCGCCGGUUAACGCCACGCCUGAGAUCCAGCAGGUCUGGAACCACAGCGGGGUCGCACCAGAAUCAAUAUCUUGGACCCAACUGGAUGUCGAUGAGUGUUCUAGGCUGCGUGGGGAGUUUAUUGGGCCAGCUUGUGGCCACCAUGGUCCCUACAUCCCUGACGUCCUCUUCUGGUCCGUCAUCCUCUUCUUCACUACCUUCUUCCUCUCCUCCUUCCUCAAGCAGUUCAAGACCAAGCUCUACUUUCCCACCAAGGUACGGUCGACCAUCAGUGACUUCGCGGUCUUCCUGACCAUCAUGAUCAUGGUCCUGGUGGACUACCUGGUGGGCAUUCCCUCCCCCAAACUGAAUGUGCCUGACCGCUUUCAGCCCACGUCUGAGAACCGUGGCUGGCUGAUCUCCCCGCUGGGGACCAACCCCUGGUGGACCAUGCUGGCUGCAGCCAUCCCUGCCCUGCUCUGCACCAUCCUCAUCUUCAUGGACCAGCAGAUCACCGCCGUCAUCAUCAACAGGAAGGAGCACAAACUCAAGAAAGGCUGUGGCUACCAUCUGGAUCUUCUGGUGGUGUCUGUGAUGCUGGGGGUGUGCUCCAUCAUGGGCCUGCCCUGGUUUGUAGCGGCCACCGUGCUCUCCAUCUCCCACGUCAACAGUCUGAAGCUGGAGUCGGAGUGCUCGGCCCCUGGGGAACAGCCCAAGUUCCUGGGGAUCAGAGAGCAGAGGGUCACCAGCUUCAUGAUCUUCAUCCUCAUGGGCUGCUCUGUCUUCAUGACCUCGGUGCUCAAGUUCAUCCCUAUGCCAGUCCUCUACGGGGUGUUUCUCUACAUGGGUGUGUCCUCACUCAAAGGCAUCCAGUUCUUUGACCGUAUCAAGCUGUUCUGCAUGCCAGCUAAGCACCAGCCGGACCUGAUCUACCUGCGCUACGUUCCCCUGUGGAAGGUCCAUGUGUUCACCCUGGUGCAGCUCACCUGCCUGGUGCUGCUGUGGGUCAUCAAGGCGUCCGCCGCCGCAGUCGUCUUCCCCAUGAUGGUGUUGGCCCUGGUGUUUAUACGGAAGCUGCUGGACCUAUGUUUCACCAACAGGGAGCUGAGCUGGUUGGACGACCUGAUGCCUGAGAGCAAGAAGAAGAAGGAGGACGACAAGAAGAAGAAAGCCAAGGAGGAGGCCCAGCGCAUGCUGGAAGUGGAAGAGGGCAUAGCACACCCCUGCGACGGGCCGGGCAUCCUCAAGACCCUCAAAGUCAGUUUGGACCCCUCUAUGGUAAACAUUUCUGAUGAAAUGGCCAAAACUGCCAAUUGGAAGUCUGUCUCCAUGAACUCUGACAGUGCCAAAGCUCUGAAGCAUAGUGGCAGCCAGGUGAAGGUGUCCUGUGUGAAGAUAAACUUGGAGAAUGACCAGGGGGAGAAGUAUGGGGAUGCUGAGACCUCCUUAUGAAGGAGGGACGGGAGGAGCAGGGAGGGUGCCACUUCAGCCUCUAGUCCACCAGGUGGCGUUGUCCUCCUGUCCUCCCACACAGCAGGGGGCAGUGUCCUUCAUGGCCCUGCCCGUUGCCCUAACAGCUGCUACCAUACCAAUGCCAAGGGGGCACACAAAGACACAACCACUUCUACUUAGCCAUGUUUCUUUAGUUCUUAUUGUGAAAUUAGUCCGAGGGAAAUUUGUCUUUUAAUUUUAUCAUCGUUUUAAGGUGAAAAAACAGUAACUUUAGAUUCAGGUGUGCCUUUUUUAAGGAACCACUUGGUCUUCUUGGAAUGACUUUCAUCAGGCUUUUUACCAACAUAUCCAUAAUCUCUGUGAUAUGGUGUACAGUCUGUCCUCGUAACACUUACUUCGAGGGCAAUGCAUUAUGAAUGCAUGUAGUGGCCUCUAUCGCCCUUAGUGCAUUAUAUUAGAAGAGUUGCUGUAAGCAUUUCAAACUUGUCAAGACUGUCCCCAGGUGGUUUAUAGGAAGCAGUAGGCCUAACAGCAGUCCAAGCACCCCGGGUGGCUUGACCACAACGACGGCUACUACUCACAGCACUCUAUCUGGCUCACUCUGAACAAUAGACACUUUCUGUUUGAGAAAGCAGGUGACGCUCAACAAAAGGUCCAAAUACAUUUGGAGCACAUAUUAGAUUUAAUAGUGCGUGUGUGUGUGGGCACAUGGGUGUGUGUGUGUGUGUGUGUGUGUGGGCACAUGGGUGUGUGUGUACAAGUGUAAGAAACUUAAGAGCAGCUUAAGAUGUCUUUUCACAACAUCAGUCAUGUGUACGAUGUGCUGUUGAUUCAGAUUAUCAGUCACAGUAGGUUGAAAGACUGAAGAUGUUCUGUCAAAGUGAACAUGACAGACCACAGCAUAGCCCAUAGUUUGCAGAAUAUUUCUUGAAUUAAUUGGCAAACAUCUCUUACUAAUCUUAAACAAUCCCAAAUUGGAAACUGACUAUAAUAAGAUAACGUUUCAAAAACAAAAUGUUCUCACAUUUCUCGAUUGAGCAGCCUUGUUAUUUUGGAGUAAUGGUGAGGGUAUUGCCUGCAGUGUCCAUACAUAUGUAAUGGUGAGGGUAUUGCCUGCAGUGUCCAUACAUACGUAAUGGUGAGGGUAUUGCCUGCAGUGUCCAUACAUACGUAAUGGUGAGGGUAUUGCCUGCAGUGUCCAUACAUACGUAAUGGUGAGGGUAUUGCCUGCAGUGUCCAUACAUACGUAAUGGUGAGGGUAUUGCCUGCAGUGUCCAUACAUACGUAAUGGUGAGGGUAUUGCCUGCAGUGUCCAUUCAUACGUAAUGGUGAGGGUAUUGCCUGCAGUGUCCAUACAUACGUAAUGGUGAGGGUAUUGCCUGCAGUGUCCAUACAUACGUAAUGGUGAGGGUAUUGCCUGCAGUGUCCAUACAUACGUAAUGGUGAGGGUAUUGCCUGCAGUGUCCAUACAUACGUAAUGGUGAGGGUAUUGCCUGCAGUGUCCAUACAUACGUAAUGGUGAGGGUAUUGCCUGCAGUGUCCAUACAUACGUAAUGGUGAGGGUAUUGCCUGCAGUGUCCAUACAUACGUAAUGGUGAGGGUAUUGCCUGCAGUGUCCAUACAUACGUAAUGGUGAGGGUAUUGCCUGCAGUGUCCAUACAUACGUAAUGGUGAGGGUAUUGCCUGCAGUGUCCAUACAUACGUAAUGGUGAGGGUAUUGCCUGCAGUGUCCAUACAUACGUAAUGGUGAGGGUAUUG